AUGUCGUCACCGACUCCUCCUGAAUCGCUUGUGCAGUAUGGCGAGCCAAUCUUCACAGCAACAGUCGUAGCUGCGGCAGCUGAACCGGCGGGGUCAUCAGCUAACACUGAAGGCGUAGAUGGAGUAACACGAGUUGACGAUAUUUUGAAUGCUAUCCUACCACCCCAAAUGUGGUCCGAGGAAAAGUCUGGAUCCUGGCUUCGAUAUGCGUCAAGUGUACCUUCGACCCGUUUUGAUGUAUUGAAAUUACAGGAAGCACUUGAUGCGAAGAUUCUCGAGCGACAAGCUCGUGAUAGUGGCAUUUGUCCUGUUCGUGAAGAUUUAUAUUCCCAAGCGUUCAAUGAAUUGAUCCGUCAAGUGACACUCAAUUGUCCGGAAAGAGGAUUGCUCUUGCUGCGAAUUCGCGAUGAGUUGCGACUAACGACAGAUGCUUACAAAACAGUCUAUGACUCGAGUGUCAUUUUUGGUGUGCGAAAACAACUGCAAGCUGAAGAAGGCAUGGGCGAUCUUACAGAUCAAAUCGUUCGUCUUCAAAGUGAAAAGGAAGAGAGCGAAAUUAAAGUGGCCGAGUUGACGAAUAAACUCGAGGUUAUUGAAAAGCGCGCAGCCGAACGAAAGGCUCUGCAAGACAAGUCGUUCAAGGAAGAGCUCGAUUUUCUUAGAUAUCAAGGACAACAUCUCGAAGCCUUUUUAAAGUCUGCUGGAAGUGGCAUGUCCAGCAUCUCUGCAGGUGGUAGCAAAUGA